UGACAAAUGCCGGCCGCCUGUUGCGAGCUGAGCAGGGAGUCGAUGUCACUGUGUGUUCUGUAGCUAGGCUGCUAUCACACUCCACAUUCCCUCUAUGGAAAUUCAGUGAAUUAUUUCACAGAAGAAGCAUGCAAAUUACACUGCCUGUGUAUUCAUGCAUUAUUGUUGGGAUUUCAAUUACAGGGCAGAGGCCUGCUCAGAGACCACGGAUCAGCUGAGUUUUGACUCUUUGCUGAAAGCCAGGAACUGUGACGAUGAACUCAAUCUUGGUGCUGAUGCGUCUUUGUUAAAUGGUGGGGAGAUAUCAUCUAAAGCUUGCCUCGCACAGCAUCCUUCUUCCAAACCAGGUCCCGGCAGACUCACCAGUACCCCUCGUAAGGAACAAUGUCUGCUGAAACUAAACUUGGGCCACAGCAUGGCCUCCAGCUGCCUCUCCUCCUCCACCUUUAAAACUACAUCGAGUAUCUCAGAGGUCCUGCAGCUGUGUGCUGAGGAUGCGGAGGAGACGCUGUACGAACUGGGCUUUGGCUGUGACGAGCCUCAGGUCACUGUCCGCAUCCCUCCUCGCUUCUUAAACUUUCCUUCUCUGUCUCGGGGCAUCAACUUCCGGGUUUUCCUGGACUCUCAGAUACGGCGGAUACGAGAGGAAGACCCAAGCCUCUCUCUUGCUAGUCGUUUCCGACAAGUGCAAGUCCUCACAGCAAUGGCCAACGCUUUCUACUCCCUCUACUCUCACGUGUCCCGCACUCCUCUGCAGAAACUGGCCACACCAGAGUUCACCUUCUCCUCGUCUCCUGUGGAGAAGAUCGAGCGCUUCAGAGGCAGCAUCCGCAGCGAGGUGCGCUCUCCGGUGGAGCGGCUGAAGGACACCGUCUCCAAGAUGUGUCUCUACACAGGCUCUCCUCGAGGGUCAGACUCCACCUCUCCACAGCCCUCACCCAGGAAAAGGGCCAGCCUCCCUGAUGUUGUGGGUAUAGUCCUGGAGAAACACAAGAGUGGGGCUACAAAGAAACUGGAUUUGGGGGAUUAUGACUUGGAUGUCAGGCUGCUUAUGGAUGGGGAUACAUCCUGUGACAGUGGGAAAGAUGCGCAAACACAGCAGAGCAUGGAGGAUGAAGACAUUCUUCAAAAUGGAAAUACAACCUGUCAUAAGAUGCAGGGCUGCAAACAAACAGAUGAUGUUGAUGCAGAUGAAAACAGUUUCAGAGCAGCAGACCUUGACAGCAGGACUCACAGUGUAACAUCUCUAGCGUCAUCGGUAUCAGGAGAAACUGUGAUAGAAACCGAGCUGGACUCAUGUGCAUCUCAAAGAGAGACUGGCACUGCUGAUCUGAAACCAGUUGCCAAGUUGACGUACGAUCUAAUCUGCCCGCAGAUAGUUGAGAGUGUACACCAGGCGCCUUUCUGCUGUCAACAGACAAUGAUUCCAAAAACAAACACUUGUAUCUCCUCUGAGAAAGUAAGCAUAGAUGGAUCUCAUGAACCUGAUAUACAAAUCUCUAUCCCUGAGCCUGACACCAGACAGACUCAUGCACCUGGAUCACUUCCUGUCCUGGCCCCCUACGGAGACCCCACCCAGUGCUGCAUCACUGUGACGGGCUGGGAGGGGGGCGGCAUCUCUCCUCAUUCCUCAAAUGCAACAGAUGCCGGUCAUGCUUCUACUGUAAUGCCUCUGCAGAAAUGUGAGGAGUCAUUUAUCAAGGGGAGAAGCCAGUACCUGAAUCCCCUGACUCGUCACAUCCUGGGGCACGACUCCAACCCCCUGCAACAGGUCAACUCCUUCGAGCUGGAGGAGGUGCAUAGUGCAGGAGAGGAAGAUUUUGUUAAAUCUGAAACGACGACAACAACCCCCCUGUCGUCUAAAGGUGAGAUGGUCCGGGGCGACAGCAUGCAGUCAGACAGCAGCGGCUAUGCAGAUGAAGAAGUUAGCCCCUCAUCAAACACACAUAACAGAUGAAGGAAAAAAACGUCGACUAUUUCCUGCACCAAAUGUUGUUUCUAAACAGAGGCUUAAGAUGUGAUGAUUCUGUAAAAAAUGUAGUUAAUUGAGAGAAUAUUUUUCACAAUAAGACUUCCGGACAUGCAAAUCAUUAAGUUUCUCCCCAGUGCUCAUACAGACUGUAAAUAAGUAACAAUAAAACUAUUGUAGUUCAAAGGGUUUGAUGAAAUUAAUUAAUUGAAUUAGGAACGGCAGCAUGCUCAAGUUGUAACAGCAACAGUUGGCAGUAAAAUGUACAAAAUGUUUUAUUGGAAAUAAGUCGAUUUCACAUGGAUCUCACAUUAUAAUUCAUCGUUUAGCUAAAACUGGGCAACUUUUUCUACCACAACAAAGAAGUUCUUCUCAAAUGUAAUGAGGUCAGUACAGACUUCAAUGGUGGGAGUACUAAAACUCACUAAAAAACAGCACAAGUUCCUUAUUUGAAUGAUCAGAAAACAAGAUGCAGAUCUGCCUUUUUUCAGAGAAUGAGGUUCACAUGAACUGCACCGGUGGGAGGAGUAAGGAAACUGUGCUUGUCAAGUAGUGCAAACGGUUCACUAUACUCAAAACUCAUUCCAGCCGAGUGCAAGGCAGUAUAUCAAAACAAAUACAGCAAGGUGCAUGGUAAUGAACAACACUUUACAAGACACAGCAUGUAGUUGGAGAAGAAUAUUUCCAAAUUCCACCAUGAUCAACUUUCCAAUAUCACAGGAUUCAUAUUCCCAUUGACAAAAAAAGCUAAAUCACAGUGGGUUUAAAUGAUAAAUGAAACAGUGCCAGGCAUGAUGAGCAAAGACACAUUUAAACUUAACAGAACAAAAUAUUAUAGCUUGUUUGACUGGUCUAUGAUAUUGAAAAUUACAAGCUUUGUCAGAGGACUUUGUACUUUCCCCUCCCUUCAACCGAUGUAUUAAUUCAUCAUUGUCUUACACUGAAGACAAGCAAAGACUGUGUUUUAAAGAAGUCUUAAAGCUGAGGUAAUUACACUUUACACAAUGAGUAGAUUGUGACGUCAUUUCAAUGUUGUAGAGAUAUUUUUAAGAGUUUUCCUCAUAAUUAAAAGACAUUACUUUCUCUAUUCCUGCUCCGGACCUAAUAAAUAUGAGCCUUACUUUUUUAAGUUAGUGUUUAAAAAGGGGCAAUUCUUCCAUCCAUAUGUUUCAGUCAUACUGAUCUUUCUCACCAUUUCUAUUUUAGGAACACGAUUAGAAAGGUUUAUUUGCCAAAUCUAGUUGUUAAACAGAGAUACUAUGAUACGUUUUCAAUUUUCUAAUCCGGCCCAGCAUGAGGAUCAUCCAACUGUUUUAGAGCUGGAUUGAAUAUACAACAAUUAAAAGGCCACAUCAUCUCAUUAAGUUCAUCUGAAAACAGGGCCGUCCUUUUCUCUCCAUGUUUCCAUGUUUUCUUCUAUUCACCAACCAAUGAUUGUGGUUUUAACGCAGCACCAGUAUUUGGUAAUUCCAUCACCCAGUUUCAACUCCAUUUGCAUUGUUUGUAAAAUCAGAAUAUAUCUGCAGGUAUUAAGGAACUUGUAUGUAUGAAUGUAUGUAUGUAUGCAGCAGGUGUCACUUUAGAUGAAUACUUUUUAGACUUGAGCUUUUUAGGGAAAUAGAGUGCCGAGUAUGGAUGCUGGGCAAACCAAAGAAAAUACCAAAAAAGCAUUUUAAAAGAAUUUCUGACAGAUAUGCAAAAUGUCAAAGAGAGAGGUAUGAGUUUUUGGUAUGAGUUUCUGGGCAGCUAUAUCUUCAUUGGCAACGAUGAGAAAUCCAUGUGACCAAAACAUGUCCUUGGGGUUAAUUUGGGGACGGAAAAAAGUCUCUUAUAUAAUCCACAAUUGAGGUAAUUCACGUUAUUUGAACUCAUCACAAAAGUGCCGCCGUGUGGUGGUGAGUUCGAGUCUGUGAGGAGGAAGACGACAUCACUUUCCCCCGGCCAUAAUUUUGAGGUACUGCAGUGCAUUGUGGGCUGCAUUGGCUCGGGCUGCAUCUAUGCUCUGAGCGAAGCCAUGGCACACUGUGAUUGGCUGAGUGGAAAGCUCCACUAGACACUGGCACAGGCCGCUCAGACUGCGCU